AUGACGUCAAAUUAUUACAUUUCAACUGAUCGUGUGGCUAGUAGUGGUGGCAGUUCGAUGGAUCUAUUAACAUGUUCAAUUUGUCAUAAUCUUCUAUGGAAACCUGUUGCAUGUAAAACAUGUGAAAACUCAUUUUGUUUAUCCUGUAUGGACCAAUGGUUGGAAACAAGUAAUGGUAAGACAUGUCCAAAUCAAUGUCAAUAUGAACAACGUAAAUGUCCUCCGUUAAUGCUACAAUUGCUAUCAAAAUUAAAAAUUAAAUGUCAAUGUCAAAAAAAUGGUUGUCAACACAUUCUAGGUUAUGAGCAACUAGAACUGCAUGAAUCCACUUGUGAUUAUCAACUAAAACGAUGCUCAGGAUGUCAGCAAAACUUUUUGAAACGAGAUCAUUUUCAACACGAGCAACAAUGUGGACAAAUCAAAGUGACCUGUGAACGAUGUCAAACCGUUUAUGAGCGAGAACAGACUCAUGAUCAGAUUCAAUGUUUAAAUAAACGUCAAGACAACAUGCAGAAAGAAAUCAAUUUAUUGAAACUACAAAACAUGGCAAAUGAGCGAACAAUUCAACAAUUACAAACUGAAUUAAGUCAAGUCAAAUCAAAACAAACAACCAUGAAUGCUCCUUUUCAACUUUCACCACAACCUGCAUUUUUUCCACGUCCUCACCCUCCUGCAUCUUUUCAACGUCCACUAUCUUCUGUAUUUAUACCUUCUCCAAUCAACCACCUACAAAAUCGUUUUAGUUCACAUUAA